GUUUACCUCCACACACCCACAACCAAAACCAAUUUCAAGCAGAGACAUACAUACCAAGAUGAGUUACAAAACUUUCCUGGGGUGUUCGUUUCUCUUGAUCUCUGUCUUUAUCUUCAGCUCUGGUUUCUCAAAGGCUCAAAUGGUUCCGGCUGUUUAUGUGUUUGGGGACUCACUUGUAGACGUGGGAAACAACAAUUACUUGACUCUUUCCAUUGCUAAGGCAAAUCAUCGUCAUUAUGGUAUUGAUUUUCCUAACCAGAAACCAACUGGGAGAUUUAGCAACGGCAAGAAUGCUGCAGAUUUUAUUGCUGAGAAAUUGGGUUUGGCAACUUCGCCACCUUACCUCUCCCUAAUAUCAAAGGCCAACAAAAACAAUGAAUCUUUCAUGAAUGGUGUUAGCUUUGCUUCUGGAGGAGCUGGAAUAUUUGAUGGUACAGAUGAACGUUUUAAGCAAUCAAUACCGUUGACAAGACAAGUAGACUCCUACUCGCUUGCGCAUGAGGAAAUGACACAAGAAGUAGGAGCAGCUGCUUUACAGAAGCAUCUUUCAAAAUCAAUUUUCACUGUGGUGAUUGGCAGCAACGAUCUGUUUGGAUACUUUGAGUCAUCGGAUCUUCGUAGGAAAAGCACUCCACAGCAGUAUGUGGAUUCCAUGGCUUUCUCACUAAAAGUACAACUACAGCGAUUAUACGAUCUUGGUGGCCGUAAAUUUGAGAUUGCGGGAGUUGGGGCAAUUGGAUGCUGUCCUGAAUUCAGGCUCAAGAACAACACGGAAUGCUUGGUAGAAGCCAACUACUGGUCGGUUAAAUAUAAUGAGGGCCUUCAAUCCAUGUUGAAGGAAUGGCAAUCGGAGAAUAGAGGCAUAAUCUACUCCUACUUUGACACUUAUGCUGCCAUCAGCGACCUCAUUCAGAAUCCAGCUUCCUAUGGAUUUGCAGAGGUGAAAGCUGCUUGUUGUGGAUUAGGAGUGCUGAAUGCCAGGGCUCCUUGCCUGCCUGUGUCAAACCUUUGUCCCAAUAGACAAGACCACAUCUUCUGGGAUCAAUUCCAUCCUACGGAGGCAGCUUCUCGUAUCUUUGCUGACAGAAUUUUUAAUGGUCCUUCAAGUUAUACAUCUCCUAUUAAUAUGAGACAACUAGUAGCUGCCUGAAAUUGGCGGGUAAUUUGUCCAUUCAAAUGACAUUUUUUGUGUGUAACUCGUUAUCAAAAGCAAAUAAUGGACAACAGAAACGAAGAAAACAGAACUAGAUUCGCUACCACGUAGAAACCCAAAGUAGGCUUCGUGAUGCUCACCGGCAAGUAUACCGAGUAAUAUAAUGAUAAGUAGAAUAUCGUCUCCACAGGGAUUGAGAUCGUAUAUCAAAUAAUAGUCCUUUCAAGAAUGAAAAAGUUCAAAAGAGUUUGUUUGUUACA